CAGCGUUUGAAAGGUUUUUUUUCUUAUUUUACUCCAAAACUAAUAAUCAUCAACAAUGGCUGCAAAGCACAUUUUUGUGUUGGAUAAUGGAGGAUUCAACAUCAAAGCCGGUUUUGCAAAUAAUGCAGAACCCCGUGUUAUGCCAAAUGCAGUAAUGAAAGCAAAAAGUGAAAGAAGGCGACCAUUCAUUGGUGACCAGCUUGAUGAAUGUCGGGAUGUUUCUGGUCUCUUCUAUAUACUCCCUGUUCAAAAAGGCUAUCUAAUUAAUUGGGACACUCAGAAAGAUGUUUGGGAUUACUUGAUGGGAAAAGACUGCUUUAAUGUUCACAUCAAUUCAACUUCGCUUGUUUUGACUCAGCCAUAUCUAAAUUUCCAGUCUAUUCAGGAAGGAAUAUGUGAAUAUUGGUUUGAAGAAGUGGAGUGUGAAUCUCUCCUGACAAUUAACCCUGGAACUUUGAGUGCCUACAAAUAUGGAAAAGAGAACCCUACUGAAUUGUGCUGCUUGGUGGUAGACUGUGGUUACAGUUUCACACACUUAAUCCCUUAUGUACAGGGAAAGAAAAUCACAGAAUUUGUUCAUAGGAUUGAAAUUGGCGGCAAGGUAUUAACCAAUCAUCUGAAAGACAUUAUUUCCUAUAGGCAAUUAAAUGUCAUGGAUGAAACGUACGUAAUCAACCAGUUGAAAGAAGACACUUGUAUGGUAUCCACAGAUUUUAAUAGCGAUAUGGCGUUGUCUCAAAAGAGAGGAAAAGACAAUCCGUUCGUUGUAGAUUACAUUCUUCCUGAUUUUACUACCAUUCGUAGAGGCUAUGUGCGACCAAAGGACGAAGCAGGGUCCGGCGAACAGGUUAUCAGGAUGAAUAACGAACGUUUCGCUGUCCCAGAGCUGUUGUUUCAUCCCUCUGACAUUGGAAUCCAGCAAAUGGGAAUAUCCGAAGCCAUUGUUCACGUGAUUGAACAAUUUCCUUCCGAAGUUCAAAGCCAUUUGUACAAAAAUAUUUUGCUGAUCGGCGGAUCUUGUUCUUUGCUCAACUUCAAAGAAAGGGUUGAAAAAGAUGUAAGGACGAUGGCUCCGGCUGAGUGCGAAGUCCGCAUCAACAUGGCAUCCAAUCCAGUCACAGAUGCCUGGCGAGGAGGAUGUAGCUUAACUAAAGAUCCUCAAUUUUCUUCUCAGUUGGUAACACGUCGGGAAUAUGAAGAACAUGGAUUUUCUUUAUGUCUUCAACGUUUUGAUGUAUGAGUUUUUCAACAAUAAAAUGUAUUUCUUUUUUUCAUCUUUUUUCGUCUUUUUUUUCAUGCUUAUUUUUUUCAAUUAUUAUUAUUUUUUUUUAAGUUUUUGGUUUUUAUUAUAUUAUUUAACUGUUGCAAAAUAUUACCACUAGGUUUGAAGACUGCCUCAGGCUCUUUUAACCCUUGGCUGAUAUUGCACAAAUCAGUGUGAAAAACAGCUGAGUGGAAGAAUGUGCUGGUGAAACUGCGUCACGGUAUUUAUUGAGACGUUUUAUCUCAAAAGAGUGUUGCUAUCGUGAGAGAAUAAAAUAACGGUGGCUUGUAAUCAAGUGUCUACUGCGGUUUUGAAAAAUUCACAAAACAUAUCCCACUCUACUUGAAAACGUUCCAGUGCUGGCAGCCUGGCACGUGUUGAUUCUCCUCGAGUGAGCAGCUAGCCGGCAAGGAAUAUCUCGAUAACAACUUAACAAGCAAACACAGUACAUUUUGGUCGGAACCGAGAAUGGUGUUGACGGAGCAAGAGUUAGUCUUGGCUAUAACCAAGUCUCAACGGGACAGAAGAAUUCGUUCAGCUUUAUUCACGCGCCGGAAUACGGUCAAUUUCAGUGAACAAGCCGCGUGCGAUAGAGAAAUUCAGCGCUAUUUGUGUCUUAAAGGAACAAUUGCGUACAGAUUCAAUUGUUGUAUCGUCCACCAGCCGUGGAGAUUCAAUCAGAUAUCAGCACUGAACGAUCACGGAUGGGAUGAACUCGGUCCAACAAACGAAACACUUCACUCGAUUUACCGCACCUUGCCUUUUUAUCAGGAAUCUAUUGCAUCAACGACCAACCUUCGUGUCGGAGAGAUAAAUAACUUGAAUAAGAAGACCAGUAGUGUAGGCAAGGAUUCAAAGGCAAACAAAAAUCUGGUAAUCGACUAUGAUUCGGAUCGCAAAGUUGACAUGCCCAGCUGGGGUGCACGUCUUUUGAGCUGUAUUUUCGCUUGAAAUUUCCGAGCUCAUCAAUCUUAUUUUUUCGUGCUGUUAUAUUUUACAAUGCGUCGUUUCCUCAUUUGCGUUUGUUCCCUCAUGUAUUUACACACUUUGGUGUGUAGCGAAAAUUGUUCGAUUUCUAAUACAGAUAUUCUUCUUGCGACA